CUUUAAACCACGUGACCGGAAGCAGGGCACCUCGACCAAGAUGUCCGCCGCCGAUAAAGACACGUUCGCCGAGGAAGGAGACGGCAUGGAGGAGCAAGAAGACUCGGCAGACGACGACGAGGGAGUGGACAUGGAAGAGGAGGAAGGUGCAGACGGGGAGACCAAAGUCUACGUGCCCGGCAUUGAGCCUCUUCAGCCGGGGGAGCGUCUGGAGAUGGACCAGUCCGCGUACCGCAUGUACCACGAGUGUCAAACAGGCGCGCCAUGUUUGAGCUUCGACAUCCUGAAAGAUAACAAUGGCGACGGAAGGGAAGACUUUCCUCUCUCUAUGCUGCUGUGUGCCGGCACUCAGGCCGACAAAGCCAUGGCCAACAGACUGCUGAUCAUGCGCAUGCACAACCUUCACGGGACAGAGAAAGCCAAGAAGGAAGAGGACGAGGAAAGCAGCGAGGAAAGCAGCGAGGAAGAGGAUGAGGACGAAGGUGCAAGUAAGAAACCACUGAUGGAGCUGGCCAUGAUGCCUCAUUUUGGAGCCAUCAACAGAGUCCGAGUGACGCGGCGCAGCGAGCAGACGCUGGCCGCCGUCUGGUCGGAGAAGGGGCAGGUGGAAAUAUUUGACCUCCGACCUCAGCUGGAGGCUGUGCACAGUUCUGCCGCCAUGAAGACGUUCAUGCAGCAGCAGAAGGAAGCGACGGCACUUUUCAGCUUCUCGGGUCACAUGACGGAAGGAUACGCCAUCGAUUGGUCGCCGUUGGUGCCUGGUCGUCUUGUCAGCGGCGACUGCAAGAAGAACAUCCACAUGUGGGAGCCGCAGGAGGGCGGAGCUUCCUGGCGUAUCGACCAGCGGCCCUUCAGUUCCCACAGCAAGUCCGUGGAGGACCUGCAGUGGUCGCCCACGGAAGCCACGGUGUUUGCUUCCUGCUCCGUGGAUUGCUCCAUCCGCGUUUGGGACAUCCGAGCCCCGCCCAACUCCAUGCUGGCAGCCAAUGAGGCGCACGCGUCAGACAUCAACGUCAUCAGCUGGAACAGAACGGAGCCCUUCCUCCUGUCGGGGGGGGAUGACGGACUCCUCAAAGUGUGGGACCUGCGGCAGUUUAAGACGGGCAGGCCCGUGGCCACCUUCAAGCAGCACGGCGCCCCCAUCACCUCAGUGGAGUGGAGCCCGGCCGACCCCGGCGUGUUCGCCGCGUCCGGCGCCGACGACGUGGUCAGCCAGUGGGAUCUGUCGGUGGAGUCAUGUGACACCAAGGUGCAGUCAUGUGACACCAAGGUGCAGGACCUGCAUGGUCUGCCCCCCCAGCUGCUCUUCCUGCACCAGGGACAGUCUGACAUCAAGGAGAUCCACUGGCACCCCCAAGUCCCUGGUGUCCUGGUCUCCACCGCCCUCUCUGGGUUCAACGUCUUCAGGACCAUCUCUGUCUAGUACCACUACUACCGCCGUACUACAGGUUCUACCGCCGUACUACAGGUAUUACCGCAGUACUACAAGUACUACCGCCGUACUACAGGUAUUACCGCGGUACUACACGUACUACCGCAGUACCACAGAUACUACUACAGGUACUACCGCCGUACUACAGGUACUACCACCGUACUACCACCGUACUACAGUUGCUACCGCCGUACUACAGGUAUUACCGCAGUACUACCGCAGUACUACAAGUACUACCGCCGUACUACAGGUAUUACCGCAGUACUACCGCAGUACUACAGGAACGGCCGCCGUACCACAGGUGCUACCACAGUACUACAGGUGCUACCGCAGUACUACCGCAGUACUACCGCAGUACUACAUGUACAUGACAUACUUCACUUUUCUACCCAUCUGUCCAUAAGUCCACACACGUCUUUGAAGUACCGCCACAAAUAAAAGCAAGUACUAUGGGGAAAGGCUCGUACUCGUCUACCUUCAAAGUGCACACUCCAUGCUAUAUUUCGGCGCGGUCAUGCUAACUUUAGCAUGCUAACAGCACGUGUCGAGUAGCAGAGUUUGAAAUGAGCUAACACGCUAACAGUUAGCCUAUGUCAAGUACACAGAUAUAUGACAGUAGGCUACACCUGCAAGAUUAGCCACCAUGCUAACGUUAGCAUGGCCACGUUAGCAAGGAGCAUUUUGACCAAACGUUUUCAGCGCCCACAUUUUUCAUCCGAUUCAAAGCAGUGACCUACCAAAACGUUGGUCUCCUUCGCCACACCUGGGCUAUUAUUUGGGUCUAGUCCUCAACUUUCAACAUUUCCAGGAGUUCCACCUUUUACCAGGAUUUUUCUUCCCAUUUGAAAUACAUUUUUCAAACUUUCGCAUUUAUCAAACCCUUCCAAAGUUAAAAUAGCCAACAUGCUAACGUGAGCAUGCUAACAGUUAGCUUACGUCAAGUAGCAAAACAAAUGUGACUGAGGUGUCGUUAGGCUAUAUCUGUAAAAUUAGCGCUAGCAAGGUAGCAUUAGCUAAGAGCAUUUCGACUAAAGAAAUUUUUUUAUCUGAAUCAAAACAUUUAUGUUAGCAAUUUUAGCUAAUUUUGUCAGUAUGCACCUAUCUCGGUCACGUAUUUUGCUUCUUGGCACAUGCUGUUAGCAUGCUAACAGUCAGCCUGUAGGCUAUACCUGGAAAAUUAGAUGACCAAAAAGCUACCGCACUUAUGUUAGCAUGGUAACAUUAGCAAGGAGCAUUUUGACUUUGGAACAAUUUGAAACGGUUAAGAAAUGUUGGAAAUGUGCUAAAAAAGUGUGGAAAUCCUUGAUACGGAAGUUUAUACUUUAAAUGAAAAAUGCUAACAUGCUAAUGCUAGCAAGCGUUUUUAUUGGUGAACCGUAUGAAUCAGAUGAAAACUGUAGCCGUUGAAAACGCACCAAAGUCAAAAUGCUCCUAGCUAAUGUGACCAUGCUAACGUCAGCGUGGUAGCUAAUUUUGCAGGUAUAGCCUACACCUCAGUCAUAUAUUUUGGUAGUUGACGUAAGCAUGUUAGCUAGCUUAGCUAAUUUCAUUGGUAUACACCUCUGUCAUGCAUUUUGGUACUUGAUGUAGGCUAACUGUUAGCAUGCUAACUACUUACUGUAUUUUGACUUGGCAGUUGAAUAUGUACCAUAGUCAAAAUGCUCCUUGCUAAUGUUACCAUGCUAAUGUUAGCAAAGUAGCUUUUUUUCCUCAUCUAGUUUUAGAGGUAUGGCCUACGCCUCAGUCAAAUAUUUUGGUACUUGACGUAAACUAACUGUUAGUAUGUUAGCUAGCUUAGCUAAUUUAAUUGGUAUACACCCAAGUCAU